GUACAUCACCACUAUUGGUUAUAAAAAACUCUCUGCCUUGCUCUCACGGACUCUCUCACGUUGAAUCCGCCGCUGCUUCCUUCCGGUCUCCAUCCUUGAGCUGUCGCGCCUCUGUCAGCCUCGCACCCUCCGCCGUGGCAUUGCUUCUGCUCCACUGCCCAUCGUCUCUUGUGCUCCGUUACUGGCACAUCACGCGUCCUCUGCCUCCCUCGCUUCGCGUCUUCUCCGCCAUGGUCUCUUCACGUCUUUGCCCCUUCACAUCCUCGCUGCCAUCUUGUGUGUGAAGCUGCUCUGCCGAUCUUUGCGAGUCUAGGUUAGACAUUGGUUCAUCGGUUGCUGGAAGCAGGAGAAGAGAGGGGGGAUGACUGGAAAGCUGCAACUAUGGCGAUGCAUACGGCAACAAGUUGCUGUAAAUCGCACAUCUUUGUUCCACAUGGAGCGAUUCUUGCACGAUGGGCCUGACAAUGUAGAGGAGCUUCUAGAUAGGCAUCUAGUGAAGAAGGAGAAGUCCCUUGACGACGAUGAAGAGGAGCUCUUGAAUCGGAGGAAACUCACCUCCACCCGCCGGGAAGCCCUCAGCCUCUACAGGGACAUCCUCCGCGCCAGCCGGUUUUUCAUGUGGCCUGAUUCCAGGGGAGUCUUGUGGCGUGACGUGCUCAGAGACAACGCACGAAAGGAGUUUGAAGAGGCAAAAUUUGAGACCGAUCCGGAAAUAGUUAUCAAGUUGAUUGUUGGAGGCCGUGAGGCUGUUCAGUCUGCCCUGGAUAAGCUUGCUAAUAAGCAAAGGGAGCAGAUUGACAAGGAACGCGGCGGCGGUGGUUGAGCAACUGCUCCUUUAUGUGUUUGUUCGACCAUUCUUGUAUUGUAGUUGCUUUCCAUAUAGUGUAUUUAUUCCUCUGUUUUCCUCCUUGGGUGUUUAUAUCAGUUGUUACAGAUCAUUUAUAGUUCCAAGAUAUGUUUAUUUAAAACUAAUUAAUAAUUGAACAGCAACUGGAGCAACGGCACUGGCUUAUGCUAA